CUUGUGAACUUUUUUCCUUUUUCUGUAUUUUUCCUGCAUUAAGUAUUUUGGUAUUUAGGAAAUAUUGUUUUGACUAAAGGAGCUCAAACUUCCCCUUAAUUUUUUUGAAGAAUUUGGGAGGAAAUUUUGGCGUCCGCUCGGAUCUAUCUAUCAAUUCCUUCAAUUACGUGGAUCUUCUCUCAAAUUGGUGAUCUCUCCUUCCUUUAAUUUCGGGAGAAGAUGAUUUUUCAUGUUGGCGUUGGUACAUGUGUACUAAGAAUUUUACAUUGUGUUUUGAAUUUUUCUUUUUUUAAUCAAGAUCAUUCGUAGAGUAGGUGUAGAAAGAUCGUGGUAUGGAUUGUAAUAGAGAGGAGGCCCUUAAGGCAAAAGAAAUUGCAGAAAAGAAAUUCAGUGCUAAUGACAUCAACGGUGCAAAAAAGUCAGCUUUGAAGGCGCAAAGCCUCUUUCCAUCACUUGAAGGCAUACACCAACUGAUUUCCACUAUGGAUAUUUAUCUUGCAGCAGAAAAGAAGAUUCAUGGAGAGAACGACUGGUAUGCAAUUCUAUCUGCAAAUGCCUCAACAGACGAAGAGACACUGAAGAAACAUUACAAGAAUUUGUCACUACAGCUCCACCCUGACAAAAACAAGUCUAUAGGGGCUGAAGGUGCUUUCAAACUAAUUUCACAGGCUUGGAGUGUGUUGUCUGAUAAGGACAAGAAAAUGACAUUUGAUCAGAUGAGAAAUGACAAUGGCUUUUGUAACAAAUCUUCUCGACUGCAUGGUGGUAAUUCUGUCAAAAAUACAGCAAAUGGUUUGUACUCAUUUUCCAACACCACAACAUCUAGCAAAAGGGCUCGCAAGAGCAAAACUGCUGCUCCAUCUGCUGCCCCUCAAGCUCAUCCUGUUAAUCUGAACACAUUUUGGACAUCAUGCAGUAGAUGCAGGAUGCAGUAUGAAUACCUCAGGAUAUACCUUAAUCACAAUCUCCUCUGUCCAAAUUGUCACCAAGCCUUCAUGGCGAUUGAAAUUGGAAUUCCUGGUAAUGCAGCAGAUUCUUCUCUUCAUUGGCCAACCAAGCAGCACCAGCAAAAUUCAAACCAUAACUACACUGGUAAGAAUGGAUAUAGUUCUGAAUCCAGUACCUCCACAUUUCACAGGACAGGAACAUUGGAAUUCCAGCAUGCUGCAAAUUUUGAGUCUUAUAAUCAUCAAAACUUUCAUUGGAGCACUUUCACAGGAUCAAGUGUGACUACUGGUACAACAGAUUCUUCAUUUCACACUGCUUACGGAAACCACAAGAAAUAUGAAAAGAUGAGAAGAAAGUAUGAGAAGGCACAAGCAGCAGCUCGAAGGGAAGAGUCUGUCCGGACAGAUGUACAUGUCCACAAGAGCUCAGCUAAUGGUUCUGGAAGUUAUGCUACUGGCCAAGAGCAGCCUAUUUUUAAUGUUGGCCGACCAGAAAAGAAGAGAAACAAGCCUGAUGAAAGCAUUAAUUAUCAUCCAAGAGGUGCAACAGAAAAUUUUCCCGCUUGUAUUGAUCAAAAAAUUAGUUCUGCUUUUAACCUUCCUAGAUCUAAAAUCGUUGCUAGACAUGAUUCUUUCAGGGAGUUCCCAGUAGUUAAUAUCCGGGAUAUAUUGAUAGAGAAGACUAAGAUGGCAGUUUGUAUCAAGUUAAAAGAAUGGAAGUUAUCUAAAACAAAAACGUUGAAAGGAAAGAACCAAUUAAAGCAGAAAACUGGUCAAGAAACAGCCGAAGCAUACAAAAAUAAAGGUGGGCAAACACUUCUAUAUAAUUCUGGUAUGAAGGAAACAACCAACAACCAUGAUGCAAACUUAUGUGAGAAAAUCCCUAGACCUGUAUCAAUUGAUGUACCUGAUCCUGAUUUCUAUGACUUUGAUAAGGAUCGCUUGGAAAGGACUUUUGAAGGAGACCAGGUGUGGGCUACAUAUGACAGUGAAGAUGGCAUGCCUCGACUAUAUGCCAUGGUUCAGAAAGUUCUGUCUCGUAGACCAUUCAGAAUUCGCAUGAGUUUUCUUACUUCUAAGUCCAACCAUGAACUAGGGCCAAUUAGAUGGGUAGCCUCUGGAUAUGCAAAGACAUGCGGAGAUUUCAGGGUAGGUAGAUAUCGUAUAAGUGACACAGUUAAUAUAUUCUCCCAUAGAGUUAGAUGGGAGAAGGGGCCCAGAGGAGUAAUUAGAAUUCUUCCCUGUAAAGGUGAAAUCUGGGCCUUAUACAAAAAUUGGUCUGUAGAUUGGAAUGAGCUCACACCGGAUGAUGUGAUAUACAAAUAUGACAUGGUGGAAGUACUUGAUGAGUAUCAAGAAGAAUAUGGUGUUACUGUCAUGCCUUUGGUGAAAGUUGCUGGUUUCAAAGCAGUGUUCCAUAGACAUCUGGAUCCAAUCAAGGUUAAGCGGAUAGCAAGAGAAGAAAUGUUCCGUUUCUCACAUCAGGUUCCUUCUUAUUUGCUAACAGGUGAAGAAGCUCAUAAUGCUUUGAAGGGCUGCCUUGAAUUGGACCCUGCAGCAACACCUGUUGAACUUCUUCAGGUUAUUACUGAAGUAAUGGAAGAUGUGAGUAUGGAAUUGAAUGAACAACAAUCAGUAUCACCAAGAGGCUGAACCUGUGUAACUCCAUGGACAGGCUCCAUUUGGUUUGGCCCUGAAGGAACAGACCUCUCCAUUGGAAUCACAUACUGGUUGUCACCGUGCUGCUGUGCAACUAAAGUAGCAGAAGCAAUCUGCACACGCUUAUAGGCACUCUUCAGUGCAGUGCUUGUUUGGCUGCUGCCCUUCUCAACUCUGAUUCCCAUUCCAUUGCCUGCAGAGACGGCCAGAAUAACUGCUAUGGUGCAAAGUAGUAGACUCUUCGCCAUUUCUCAAGUUUCCGAUGCUCUGGAGUGGGUGAGUCUCUGAGCUUUUUGUAGGCUCUCGAUGUGGGAGGAAAUUAUAGCAUAAUCGACACAUGAGUGCUUCCGAGAAAUAUAAAAAAUAAAAAUUAGCAAGUCAUGUGUUUGUUUAGCUUAUUUAAACUUAGCUACAUUGUUCGUCAUCUACUUUAAUUAGGUACAGACCACUAUUCUAGUUUGUGAAGCUCUGUUGCUUCUUCUAAUUAAUUAGGUUUGGUGGCACUUUGCCUGUCACUUGGUUUAGUUUUCGUCUAAUUAUUGAUCAUUGCUGUUCUCAGUCUGUAGAUGUCAGAACAAGCAAUUAGUCCUGGUGUAAACAAUUUAAACUGUGGUCGAACAGCUUAGAACAUAUUACCACUCACUUCGUGUCA